CUGGAGGCCGGGGCCGCCUCCCUUCACCCAUCUGCCGGCUUCUCUGGCUCCAUCUAUUGGGAGGAGCGGCCGCGACCUCGGCCUCCAGUGUCCCGGGCGGAGUGAAGCGGAGCCGCGGCCGCCGCAGCAGCAGCCGCCGCCGCGAUGGUGCUACUGGGGUUACUGCAGGCUGGAGGGUCGGUGCUGGAGCAGGCGAUGGAGCAGGUGACGGGCGGCAACCUGCUGUCCACGCUGCUGGUCGCCUGCGCCUUCACGCUCAGCCUGGUCUACCUGUUCCGCCUCGCUGUGGGCCACAUGGUCCCGCUGCCUCCCGGGGCGAAAACUCCACCAUACAUUUUCUCCCCAAUUCCAUUCCUUGGGCACGCCAUAGCAUUUGGGAAAAGUCCAACUGAAUUCCUAGAAAACGCAUAUGAGAAGUAUGGACCUGUAUUUAGUUUUACCAUGGUGGGCAAGACAUUUACUUACCUUCUGGGGAGUGAUGCUGCUGCACUGCUUUUUAAUAGUAAAAAUGAAGACCUGAAUGCAGAAGAUGUCUACAGUCGACUCACAACACCUGUGUUUGGAAAGGGAAUUGUAUAUGAUGUGCCUAAUGCGAUUUUCCAAGAACAGAAGAAAAUGUUAGUACGUGGUCUUAACUUAGACUACUUUAAGCAGUGUGUUUCAAUAAUUGAAAAAGAAACAAAGGAGUAUUUCCAAAGUUGGGGAGAAAGUGGAGAAAAAGAUGUAUUUGAAGCUCUUUCUGAGCUUAUAAUUUUAACUGCUAGCCAUUGUUUGCAUGGAAAGGAAAUCAGAAGUCAACUCAAUGAGAAGGUGGUCCGGCUGUAUGCUGAUCUGUAUGGAGGUUUUAGCAAUGCAGCCUGGCUCCUGCCAGGAUGGCUGCCUCUGCCGAGUUUCAGGCGCAGGGACACAGCUCAUCGGAAGAUCAAGAAUAUGUUCUACAAAGUAAUCCAAAAACGCAGGCAGUCAGCAGAAAAAAUUGAUGACAUUCUUCAAACUUUACUAGAUUCUACAUACAAAGAUGGGCGGCCUUUGACAGAUGACGAAGUAGCAGGCAUGCUUAUUGUGCUGCUCUUGGCUGGGCAGCAUACAUCCUCAACUACUAGUGCUUGGAUGGGCUUCUUUUUGGCCAGAGACAAAACACUUCAAGAAAAGUGUUACUUAGAACAGAAAACUGUCUGCGGAGAGACUCUGCCUCCCUUAACUUAUGACCAGCUCAAGGACUUACAUUUGCUUGAUCGCUGCAUAAAAGAAACAUUCAGACUUAGACCUCCUGUAAUGACUAUAAUGAGAAUAGCCAAAACUGCUCAGACCGUGGCAGGGUAUACCAUUCCCCCGGGACAUCAGGUGUGUGUUUCUCCCACUGUCAAUCAGAGACUGAAAGACUCGUGGAUAAAGCGUCUGGACUUUAAUCCUGAUCGCUAUUUACAAGAUAACCCGGCGUCAGGAGAGAAGUUUGCCUAUGUGCCCUUUGGAGCUGGGCGUCAUCGUUGUAUUGGGGAAAAUUUUGCUUAUGUUCAAAUUAAGACAAUUUGGUCUACUAUGCUCCGUUUAUAUGAAUUUGAUCUCAUUGAUGGGUAUUUCCCCACUGUGAAUUAUACAACCAUGAUUCACACCCCUGAAAACCCAGUAAUCCGUUACAAACGAAGAUCAAAAUGAAAAAGGCUGCAGGGAACUAACACGUAACACAUCACUGUAAAGAUGCAGAGGCAUUUGAAGAGAAUAAAGUUCAUGAAACAAC